CGAUACCCCCCAUUCAAUUGAAGCAAGCAUUCGUUGCGCGUGACCGAUUGUUGACCCUACUUACUCGAAGAGAUACCCGUCUCCCAGAUGGCAUCGACUCCGACUCAACAAACCAUCUACAUUGUCUACAGCAACAGCACCAAAUUCUUCGGUCAACUAGCAUAUGGCAUCCGUCGAAUGAGCACCACUGUCGGCAGUACACCUUGCCCAGCACUCGAAUUGACACACGGUGGACUCAGCACCACGGAACGACCCGAGUGGGUGGAAGCCAAAAAGUCCAUCCCUAUCCCUAUUCAACAAUUGCAUUACGACGAAAUUCCUUCAGAUUUGAAAAAAUUCAUCGAAUCAAACAAAUACGAAUAUCCAUGUGUGGUGGCAAAGGGAGGAACUAGUGGUCGAUUCAAUGUCCUGUUGGCCGAUAGUGAGAUUUCAGACUAUGCUGAAGAUCCCGCCAAAUUCGUCAAGAUUCUCGAAUAUCGUGCAGUUCAGGCUGGUUUGACGUGGACGAAGUAAGGUGGUGAGUCAGUCAGUCUCAAUUCGGCUCGACUUGAUUCAACUCAGUUCAGCUUAGUGUUGGCGGUGUUAGAAGGUCGUGAAUUUUGUUUGCUGUCCAGCAGUAUCAGAUUGUUUGUCUGAUUUGACGUUAUACCAAAUUCUCACGCUUAGGAAGACGAAUAUAAACCAAGUCUUUGGAUCGUUCAUUUCAGGACAAUCGAUC